GGGCGGCCGAUGCAUCAGUGUACAUCUUACAUCCCUAGCGCUCGCUCGUUUAGCUGAAGACGGUUCGUAGAAUUAGCAUUUCUUUGUUUAAAGCCAGGAAUCAUUUAGUUCUCCGUCGGCCCGAAGGAUAACGACCAUCUGAUUAGUGCCGCUCAAUAAACCUGUGGACACCACCAACAUGGCUGUUAACGUCUACUCCACAAAUGUGACGUCAGAGAAUCUCUCGCGCCACGACAUGCUAGCUUGGGUUAACGAUUGCCUCCAGUCGCAAUUCUCAAAAAUCGAAGAGCUUUGCACAGGUGCCGCUUACUGUCAGUUCAUGGACAUGCUGUUCCCCAAUUCAGUGCCCGUAAAGCGUGUCAAAUUUCGUACCAAUCUGGAGCACGAGUACAUACAGAACUUCAAGAUAUUGCAGGCGGGCUUCAAGAAGAUGUCUGUGGAUAAGAUCAUUCCAGUUGAUAAACUGAUUAAGGGACGCUUUCAAGACAACUUUGAGUUCCUUCAAUGGUUUAAAAAGUUCUUCGACGCCAAUUACGACGGUCGCGAGUACGACCCCGUGUCUCAGCGGGGCGGAGUCAAGCUGGGCAAUGGCAACGGACACGGCAGCAACGGAGGCAGUGGCGUGGGCAGCAGCAACAACGAUCUCCAUCUGAUGCACCGGCGACCAUUGCAGGCUCCACCUGCUGGCGGACGAAUGCCAGCACGGGUCAUCGCUUCAACUGCAGUAUCCAAGGUGCUGCCGCGCACGAACAACGCAGCCCCAGCGAGCAGGUUAAACGCCGGUGCCAACAGCACGGGCACGGUCAAGAAGAACGACGCGAGCAAUUCAGUCAACAAUCAGCAAAUAGAAGAGAUGUCUAACCAGGUCAUGGAUAUGCGCAUAAACCUGGAGGGAUUGGAAAAGGAGCGUGACUUUUACUUCUCCAAGUUGCGGGAUAUUGAAAUUCUUUGCCAAGAAGCCGAUGACGCCGAGGCGCAUCCGAUCAUACAAAAGAUUUUGGACAUCUUAUAUGCGACUGAGGUAGGACAAGAUGGUUUUGCGCCGCCUGACGAUGCCCCACCAGAGGACGAGGAGUAUUAAUUUGAAACGUGAAAGAAAACCCACUAAAUUCAUUUGCUGCAUACAUAUUCAAAACAUAAGUCAAGAAGCAUGAUGAAGGGGACAGAGUUUAUUAUUUAGACAGAAACCAAGAAGACGUUAAGCAAAAACCGAGAAGAAAAAGAAGAAGAGUGUUUGAUUUCCUAAGCCGAGGCUGACAACAGAAUCUUUGAUACGAACGCAGUCGCUCAAUAGAUAGAGACGGGAUUUUUUUUCGAUUCAAAAUUGUACCCACGAAAGUUUUGCUGCUGUUGCCGAUGUGUGUGAACCAUCAACCAUUUCAUAUUUAAAUUGUUUGUAUAUUAGCGGAAUAAACGAACCAAAUCUCGAUAUCUAAUGGAAAGCACCAGCCUACCCUUUUCAAAAUUAGUUUUUGAAAAGUUCACAGACUCGUGACUAAGAAAAUUUAGAAUGCUCAGCUUGCAAAGUUACUUCGAAUUAGCUUAGCUCUUUGUAUCACAUGGUUUACAUGGUUGAUUUAUAUCCUAUUAAGCACAUUUAUAAUUUUUGUUUAAGUAAAACUUUUCACUAGCUGACUUUAGUCGUUUUGAGUGUUGUAUGUAGUAGAUCACAAGAGCCGAAUUUGUCUAAUCUGAAAUUAUGUUAAACAAACGGUAUUUUGUACUUUCGAUUUAUAUUUUUAAAUACUUGGCUUCAUAACAAAAUGAUUGUAUAAAAUAAGUGAUUUUUGCUCUCAAUUUUUUAAGUUCUAUAUUUAUGUGUAAAACAGGCAGAACUCGUUAAAAAGUUUGAAUAAAUGCGAACGUCCUUCUAUUUUCUAAA